AUGCCUUCUCUUAACGCCCUUGGCACGGCGCUCCUCGCCUGUGCGGGUAGUGCUGUUGCUACUCAGUUUACUUUGGCCGAUACCUACGACCACACCAACUUCUUUGACAAGUUCACUUUUAACGAUGCCGCCGAUACCAACUCUGGUUUCGUAGUCUACCAGAACCAGGCCAACGCCAAGGCUCAGGGACUGGCUAAGAUCACCAGCAACAACGAAGUCUACCUCGGAGUUGACCACACCACCGUCCUCAAGGGCUCCGGAUACCCUGGCCGUAACUCCCUGAGACUCGAGUCCAAGACUUCGUACAAGCACGGUCUCAUUGUCGCCCGAUUCACCCACCUGCCCGCCAACAAGUGCGGUAGCUGGCCAUCAUUCUGGACUCUUGGUGACAGCUGGCCCAAUGGUGGAGAGAUCGAUGUGUACGAGGGCUGGAACAACAUUGUCCAGAACCAGCCUGCCUUCCACGUUGGUGACUCCAAGACUUUCGGCCAGUGCCUUCUCCAGGGCGCCGGCCAGACUGCUCCUGUCGCUACUGGCAACUGUGACAACACUUUCCAGAACCCUCCCAACCAGUACCUCAACCAGGGAUGCACUGCCAACGAUGCCAAGGGCCCAUGGGCCUCCGCCUCCGGUGGUACCUAUGCCAUUGAGUGGACCAGCGACUACAUCAAGCUGUACAACUGGGCCCGAGGUGCCGAGCCUUCUAACCUGGCCUCGUCCAACCCCGAUACUGCCACUUGGGGCACUCCUGCUGUCAACCUCCAGAACUCCAACUGCAACAUCGACAGACACUUCAACAGCCAGCGCCUCAUUCUCGACAUCGACUUCUGCGGCAACCCCGUCGGCACUCCCGCUUUCUGGCAGCAGAGCUGCCAGAAGGUCACCAGCCAGGCCACUUGCGCUGACUACGUCGCCAAGUUCCCCGGUGACUUCGCCCAGACCUUCUUCCAGAUCCAGGACAUCCGUUACUUCAGCCAGAGC